AUGAAAUUUGGUUAUAUUUUAUCGGUAGAUAUGAGGAUGUCCUCCUCCUAUAUAUGUGAAGACUUGAUUGUUGAUAUCUUCAAAAGACUGCCACCCAAAUCCCUCCUCCGAUUUAGGUCCGUCUCGAAAUCAUUGUGCUCUUGUAUCGAUAGUCGUGAAUUCAUCCGUCUGCACAUGUUACAAUCCCACCCACAAAAAGUAGUGAUUAUACAUACUAUUGUUGUUCACAUCGCUUUUAAAACUGUACAAAACUUAGGUGAUGACUUCUACACGCUACAUUCACCAGAGAAAUUGCAUUUACUAUCAUGUCCCAAAUGUGCAGCAGCAGAUGGAAAAUGGCGUGCUUGUAUUAUGACUUUUGAUUUCAGUACUCAUGGUUUUGGAACAAUUGAUCUCCCGAAUCGUGAGAAAACCAGAUGUAGACUAAUGAUCAUCGACGGUUGUUUAGCUGUGAUGUCUUCCGACCAUAACAAUACUUGGAUUUGGGUUAGAAGAAGAGAGCACAAUAAUGAUAUUCCUUGUUGGUCUGUACAUUGUAAGCUGGAAGAGUAUGGAUCUGCUGAAGUAUAUGGAAAUGCCUCACACAUUACUACCACGGGUAAUUUUUUGGUACACUUUGAUUUCCCUUACCUCUGGCAAGUUUAUAAUCCCGAGACAAGGAAGGGAUCACGCCUUGUGGAUAUCCCUGCAUCAAGCUGGAAGGGUAUGAACCCUGGUACCCCAAUUGCAUCUUCUCACAUAUAUGACAUGGAACCGUAUGUUGAAAGUCUUGAAUUGUUAGACACCGGGACUACUUGUGAUCAGAGAAACCAGCAGCAGCCAUCUUUUGUUCAAGGAAAAAAGAGAAGCAGCAGAACAACACUUCGAAAACUAAUUGAUUUUUUCACACCUUGUUCUACACCGCAUGCAAAUUAA